AUGGAUGAUUCAACUUCAAAUUCUCAACUGAACCAGAGCGAAGUAGAUUUUGAAAUUGAAUCUAAUGAAGUUCCUGAGACAUUUAGGUUUGAUGACCAGUUUGUCCCCAAGGUUGGAAUGACUUUUAAAAUCCUUGACGAUGCUGCAAAAUUCUACAAGGAUUAUUCAAAGGUUGCAGGUCGUGUUGCAUCAUUCACAUCCUUACUGUCCAGAUCAAACACAGAUGCUCAAACAGCACAGGGAACAAGCAUGUCCGUGCGUCGUACAAUAGAGAAUAAUGAGGAAGCCAGUAUUAGACAUAGCAAAACUUUUCAAUCAUUUGUUGCAGCAGCCGGGGGUCACCGCGAGUUAAAUUUUAUCGAAAAAGGCGUGAGAAAUUACAUCACUAGAGAAGUGCGGAAUGUUUCGGAACAAGAGGAUGUAAAAAAAUUCGGGAAAUACUUAUUAAGAAUGAAAGAGAAGAAUCAGUAUUUCUUUUUCAAGCUCGAACUCGAGGACAAUCAGUCCAUUAAGCUUGCUUUUUGGGCAUAUGCAAGGAGUAGAGCUGCUUGUGAGUAUUUCAGAGAUGUUAUUUCAUUUGACACCACCUACAAUACAAACAAGUAUAAUAUGGUUUGUGGUUCUUUUGUCGAGGUGAAUCUCCACGGAGAAAAUGCUCCAAAAGGGAUUCUCACCGAUCAAUGUGCGUCAAUGAAAAGGACUAUCAAGGCUUAUAUGCCCACAACAAUUCACUGUUGGUUUAUUUGGCAUAUCAUGAAGAAGAUUCCAAGCAAAUUAAACAACUAUAAGGGACACAUAGAAAUCGAACAAGAAAUGAGCCAUGUAGUUUGGAACUCUCAUAGCAAAGAUUCAUUUGAUAGGAAUUGGAAUGAUUUUCUACUGAAAUAUGGUCUUGUGGACAACAAGUGGCUUUCAGAAUCGGAGGAGCUAACUGUCAUUCUGCACCGUGCGUACGAUAACGACAUGGUUGAGAUGGAAGAACUGAAAGCCAAAAGGAAGGGGACAUGUUCGUUAUCACACAAAGAUGCCAACUUGAAAUCCAUUAAUGAGCUUCAAAGCCCUCUAAGAGUUCGAACAAGAGGACGUCCAAAAAAUAGAUUAGGUUCAAAGUUGGACAAACAAAUUGCAAAUGCCUUAAAGAAGAAGAAAACGAAAGCUUUAAACGAGUUAAACCUCUUUGAUGCUGCAUCAGUGGUGCGUCCAAAUUCUAGCCAAUAUCAUGGACAUGCUAUGAAUUAUCAGUUCAGGUAA